GCCAUCUUGUACAUUAAUAUAGUUAAAAGGAGUACAGUCAAACACUGAGGGGGCCAUAGAAAGUGUCCACUUUUGCACCGGGUGUCCCUACUGUCCGUAAAGCGGGGUUUGGCUUUUGCGUGACGGUUAUGGAAAUUUGAUCCAUGAGAAGUCGACAAGCUGAUGUUGUCUGCGUCAGUGAUGAAAUGAAAACACCAAACUAAAUCAAAAUCUUUUGCGGGAAGUUCUUGAAGUCAAGCGAUGUCUUCAGUAUUUAAAAAUAGCGUGAAGCGAUGUUAACCGGUUGUGGAGACCAAACAAGUGAGGAAAAAAUAGGUACGUUUACAGCAAAUUUACACAUGCAACGACCGGCAUGUAUGGGUAAUUGAGACUUCAGUUUAUGUAUAUAUAUAUAUCUACUUUAUAUCACAUUUUCACAGGAUUUGUAAAGUUUUAGACGCACAUUUAGUGCUUUUUGGCGUCCUUUACACAUCAUAAGACUGUAUUUCAGCUGAUUUGCCAUUUCUGUGUUUUCAUAGAAACGAAAUGACUAUUUGUCUAAUACUAUUUGACUGCAUGCCGAGGAGAGGUAGUCACAACAUAAGAUGUCGCCAUGUGCAAUUUGCUGAUAUUUUAACUGCUUUGUGAACUCAGAAGGUUAAAGAUCCCAGAAAACUAAGACCAUAGCUACAAAGACAUAUCCAUUAAGGAUCCCUAAAUAAAGUUUGGUUGAUUUACAGACACUGCCACAUGUGUUUUUGUGAAGUUGUUCUAAGCCAUGUUUCGCGUUUUGUGCCAAGGACCGUUACUAUCGUUCGGUAAUUCGCGUCCACUUUUUCCAGGAAAAAUAUUAGUCGACAAAAACUACUAUUUUUACAAAGAAGAAGUCCUAUUGUACAUAUCUCUCGAUGCAUAGGCCUGCAUUUUGCUUUUUGUCCAAAUAAGGCUUUUUCGAAAAUCGCAUAAUUUUCGUGUUUGUAACCGUGAAAUUUGAACUUUUUAGGUCGAGAACUGUUUUGACUGUUUCCAGCCGUUUAAAAGAAUAUUUCACAAACCUAGUAUCAUUUCAUUUCAUUGCACACCAUAGGCUUACUGUACUCAAAAAAUGACGGAAAUCGAUUUUUGACCGUGGCUACGAUUUUGGCGAUUUUGUUUGAUUUUUACAGACAUUCACACUCUUAAAACAGUAAAUUCAAUGUAAUUCAUUUUGUCAACUAGUUGAUGAUUCGAGGCUCUUAAAAAUAACAGAGAAAAUUAUCCUAAGAAAUGUUUUUGAAGAAAGAAAAAGAAUCCCGGGUUAAGCACUAAUCGCCUUUGAGCAACUGCGCCCUGUAACUCGCGCCAGUAAAACAAAAAAUUCCAUUUACACGCCAGACGCACUCUGGCAUGAUGUCUCCUCCGAUUACAAGCACUUGACACCGAACCAUACGAUAUCUUUUGAAAACGUUCUUAUAAUGAUACACAGUUUAAAUAGAGGUUUUUUUCGCUGUACGCAACCCUUACGUGCAAAAUAUGACAUAAUCAUAUUAAUCUAUAUCGCAACUACCCUUCCGCCUCAGCUGCUACCUGUAUGCCUAACAAACAUAUCGAACGCACUCUCCUAAGCUCCGAUUACUGCUAGUUUAUUUAAUACUUGAGUCAAAGUUCGCUGUAAUGUUACCGUGGAUUGGAACAACGUUCUGAAUGGUAGUCGGCUUUUCUGAAGCCCUCGAGAUGCAUUUUUAGUAUGAUGCCCAUUCACGUUAGUUGUCCUAAUUAGCAUUUCAAAAGUCUCUUAAGACAUUGGCGAUAAUUACUGCUAAAAAUAAGACAAAUAAUCGGGUUGACAGCACAGUUCACAUGAGACAUGAAUAUGGUAAAAAUAAGAAAUAUAGAAAAACCGCAACUAGACAUGAUCUUGGGAAAGAGGGACAUUAUUAUACCUGUCGUGAGGACGGGUACAUAAGAGAGUGAAAAUGCUAACACGAUAGCACAUGCCAUUCUUAACACUUUCCUGUUUCUUCUUGCGCGCUUUUUCUCAGCAUUAUUCGACUGUUCACCUGGAUAUGCUUGUAGUUUGAGCUUGAUGACGAUGAUGGAGUACAGAAUCACCAGCAGGACAAUAGUGAUGACGAUGAUAAUGUAAUUUAUGAUGGGUGCGGCAAUGUGCCAGGACGUAAUUUCGCCAGAAAACGUGGAACAGAUACUGUCUCCAUUGAAUUCAACUACUUUCACAAUGUUCAAAAAAGGAAAAUAAAAAGCCAAAGCAAUGAUCCAUGUGGCGGUAAUGACGAAGGGAAGCACUUUGCGGCUAAUGACUGGGGAACGCAGUGGAAACAUCACGGCUACAAAGCGAUCUACUGCUAUCAGAACUAAGCUCUGACUCGACACACUGUAGGAAACCAUUGGUAAGUAAACUACAAGCUUGCACAAAGCUUGGCCAAGAGGGCCGCCAAUAAGCCAAUGACCAGCAGGAGACGUAUUAAGACUUACUAGGCGCCAAGGAAUCAAGAUUAACGGGAAUAUCAGGUCGGACAUGGCCAUGUUCAUGAUCAAGUAAUUUAUGGGUUUUCGCAGGCUUGGCGUUUUAUAAACAAUCACUCCAAUGGCAGAAUUCCCAGCCAGUGAAACAACAAGGACCAUACUUAAACCAAUGGUUAGCCCGAUGCAGUCUCUGUACUGUUAUUCAUAUUUACCCUCCUCGUUUCUGCUACUCUUUUCUGUAAGGCUUUUAGUGCCUUUGCACAAUAGCUGCUUAUGCUAUGCUUAAAUACUGAGAGGCUUUAUAACUUUUAGCAUCCAAGUAAUUUAGGAACCCCAAUGUCUUAAAAUGACAAAUUGAAGAUAGGCGUCCACUGUACAAUGUAAUCGGGCGUAGAAGCGAAAUAUUGUGUUUUUAGUAUUCAGUAUUCAAACUGUCAAUAUUCAGUAUUCAAACAUCAAUAUUUAAUAUUCAAACCUGAAUAUGCAAUAUUCAGACUUCCUUAUGUAUCUUAUUUUCAUUAUUUAAACAAUUGUGAGGGUGCUAAUGGGGGUACCCAAUUCUCAGUUAACUGCUGAUUUUUCGGCCAAAUACAGUUAACUACUAGUUUUUUGGCCAAUUCUCAGUCAACUACUGAUUUUGGUUAGCUAUUAACUACAGCGAAUAUUAUUCCGUCAUAACCCGAAUUUUCUUUACUUCAGCACGUGAAUCACUUUUGGGGAUAGGCCCUAAUAAAAUCAAGGUAUAGAUUUACAUGAAUUUACAUAAACUCAGCCACAAAUACAAUUUAUAAGUAACUGAAAAUAUAGAAAAGAACCGAAGAAGUGAAAAUGGGUAAGCGAUAGCUAUUAAGACCCCUAUUAACCGAUUUAUGCUGUAAGUACAAAUUUGAUUAAGUCGUAUAACCAUCAAUAUGAAACCAGCCUCACAGAUCCAGACACACCAGUCAUGAUCCCGUACUGAUCUUCCCGACCUGAUCAUGCAUGUCCUGCCAUAAACUACUUCAAAGUCACCUUCUUCGUCACUUUCAUUAUCUGAAUCAAUCUCGUACUUUUCUUGUUGCUUUAUGUCCUGAUGUAUCUUGUUGUUGGCCUACGUUUCAAUCCAUUUUCAAUCCUUGCAAUCCAUUUCAGCAGACGACGGGAAACAAUAUCAAUGCCAAAAUAUAGUCUUAGAUAACAAAACUGGACCAUUAUUUCUGGAAUUCAAUUGACGUAAAAAAAAAAAAAAAAAAAAAAAGAUAACAAAUAGCAUGAAAUAGUCCCUUGACGCUGGUGGCAAAGAUCCCGCUUUAUCGCGAGUUGAUUCGCUUCUUAUAGUUCGUUGACAGCACAAGUCGAAAGUUCUAUCCAGUCCCUCAUGGCAACUUCAUCUUCUUUUGUCAGUGUUUGCACCGAUGGGAGGGACACAGUUUAGAGAGCUGACAAAGGUAUGAAAGUAUUUGACUCGGGAGAAUUCUACUAUUCGUGAGUGUAGCCCACUUCGAAUUCGUCGUUCUUUUAAGCGAUUCCUUCACGGUGGUUCCAAAUUCUUGGGCGUAGUUCAAAGCACUAAAUAUUUUGUGUUGAAGUGAGAAACCGCGUGAAGGUUUUCCACCUGCGUUGUCAGAAGUUUUUUUGCACCCUAGUACAGACUUUGUCGACAUCCUCUUUCGCGUCCCUCAAUGUUACCUUUUUCUUAGACUUCUUAGACCUACCUUAUUUCAAAAGCGCAUCGCGUAUUUCAAAAGCGUCAUAAAGAUAUCCAAGGGUUUUCGGAGAUAUCAAUCACACUGAUCUGUGUAUGAUCUUGUGUUUAUUACAUUCAGCCAAGGUUUAGAAUAUCUGAUUAGUGACGUACAUAAUGCAGGUUAUCUUCCUCGGCUAACACUUCAAGAUGGUAAAGCUUCUCGAUAGGUCUCGAGAUUAGGUUUCCCUUUGCUGUUCUCAGAGUGACAGAGCGUACCAAUCCAUCCUUCCCCUGAUGUAGCUGAAUGAUGACUCCGAGUUUCCACUGAUUUCGCGGUGUUUCAUGAUGUAUCAGGACAACCUUACCUCGAGCCACACGCUCUCCCGAUAUGUUUUUGUUCUUCUGCGAUGAAUGUUGUUCCCUGAGACCGGUUACGUAAUCCCUGUCUUGAGUGUUGAGCUCCAUUUGUAAGAACGCCUUUUCGAUAUCUGCCGUGAAGGCUAUCUUGUGUGAUCUGAAGGUGAGUAACAUAUUUUGUAGUCUUUGUAUGAGGUCAGGCCCUGUAUGAAGGCAAUCGUUGAGGCUUAAUGCCGUAGAUGAUAUUUUUGCUGAAGCGUCGUAAACGAUUCUCAUAGCUGUUGUGCUUCUUUCCUUGAAGACUGGAAAAUGGGGUAUGUAGUGUAUGACACCUUGAUGUGUGUUCGGAUCGAGGACUUGUUCUAUAAAUCCUCUCUUGAGUUGAUCGAGCAGUUGGUCGUUGUAUUUGUAAAUACGCUCUGGAUGUUUUCCUUUUAGGGUAUGUUGCAGGUUGUUUAGUCUUUUUUUUCGUUAAUGUGAAGUUUGUUGGUAGGUUUUGCUUGUUGUCCUUCCAUGGGAGUCUUACAUUAUAUCUGCCGGUAACUUUGUUGAAUUCAAUAGUAUCUUGAAAAUGUUUCUGGACGUCUGUUGCCUCAGGGUCGUUGCAUUCGUCUGGGAUUUUGUUUAUUUCCCAGAAAUUAGUGAGAGUUGCGUUGAGGUCUUUGUUUCUUGUGGGCUGUGCAUCAACCAUUUGACAUAAUUUGCUGAGUGUAGUUUCCGUACUGGAUUCGUUGUUGGGUACCGGUCCUGAGAGAAGCCAUCCACACUUGCUUUGUGUGGCUAUCCAUCUCUCAUCUUGUGAUUUCUUUGUGUUUCCCACAAUGAUCUGGGCGUAGUGGUCGUUUCCGAUGAGUAUUGAUCUAUUGUGCGUUCACCUUCCGCGUUUAGUGGAUCGGCGAAAGUGAGGGCUUUGAAUUCAACAGGAAUUUCCGUAUGUUGGGUACUUGAGAGUGGUGGGUAGAUGAUGGGCGUGACUAAAGCUGUUAUUUUGACAUCUUUACUUGCCGCGUUUAUGGUAAGUGUUACGACUUCCUAGGAUUUUGGAGUUCCUGUGGUUGAACCAAAUGUGGUUACGUCUAGUAUUUCGCUCCGAGCUGCUUUCAACUGUAGCGUAUUCUUCAGGCAUUGCGUAAUGAAUGUCUUCUGUGAUCCGGUAUCGAUAAGGAUGCGCGCUUGGCAUCUCGUAGUUGGUCCGCUCGCUGUGACCAGUGCAGUUUGCAUUAGUGUAUUUGUAUGUGUCGUUGUACUUGCCAAGGUUGUCAUUGUGGAUGUGACGAUGUUGUUGUUUUGUGGGUCUUCUUGGUUUUCAUGUUUUUUGCUUGAAUCCCGAUUAGGCUCUUUUGGUUCACAGAUCGACGUAUGGUGUUUUUGUCGGCAAUUUAGACAUCGUCCUUUUGAGCGACAUUGAUAUCUUGUGUGGCCUGAUCGGAGGCAGUUAAAGCAUUUAUUUUUCUGCGCCAAUAUGGUCCGUCUCUCUUUUGUUGUUUUUACUUUCGAGCAUUUGUCGUGACGGUGUUUCCCGUCGCAAUAUAUGCAUGGUUUUGGCUCGAAUCUUCCGUUCGUAUUGAAGCUUUUUGGUGAGGGGUGUAUUAGGCGCGAAUGAGCGUUUGUGAGUAAGGCGCCAACUGUGGAUACGAGAACGUCGUCAACGUCUGAGCUUGUGUCGUUUUCUCGCGUAAGUUGACUUUUUUCCCUUGUGUCUAUUUCAUGACAAAGUGCUGUUCGUAAAUCAUUUAGGGAACAAUCUGCGAGAGGAUUUGUUCUUAAUAUUGUACAACGUAAUUGUUCUGUUCUGGGUUUCCGUCGAAUGGUUAGAUAUGUAGUUUUGGAAGGUUGAUGUGGACUCUAGGUGAUGGUUUGGUUUGGAACGUACUCACCGGAUGAUGUUCGUCCGUUACAAAUUCUUUAAUUUUCAGAAUCUAAUAAUAGAUAUCGUCUUGGAACGUCAAUGCUUGAUCUGUCUCUUCGCUUAUUUCUUCGUCCUUUCCAAGUGCGUUCAAGAUCGUGCAAUCCAUAGCUUUUAUUUCGUCCAAUCGUCUUGAGAGCCGCUCUGCAAUUGCUUUCAGUUCUGUGUUGUUUAUAACCUCAGUAUCAGCCAUAAGUCGUUGCGCGCGUUUGAUGUCUUGAUUGCAGUGUCCUCUGUACGCCCCUCUGACUGCCUUGUGGUGUUUCACUUCCUCUUUAGACACCAGUUUCGGAGAUAUCAGUCAGACUGAUCUGUGUAUGAUCUUGUGUUUAUUACAUUCAGCCAAGGCUUAGAAUAUCUGAUUAGUGACGUACAUAAUGAUGACUAAUUACACGUACAUAAUUUACUGUUAAUGUACUGAUUUCAUUACAAGGGUUUUAAGAAAUGAAACUGUUUCACAAAGACCGGUUUAAACACGAGCUUAGUAUUCUCAAUAGCUACAACUGCAACAUCAGUUACAAAAAUUAUUUCUCGUAAGUACAAAUUCCAUGUACCCAAAAGAAAGAUGCUGAUUUCUUUCCCGGGGGGGGAUACUUGGGUUAAUUUUUGCUGGGUAUGUGCCACUGGCCUCUCAGAGCCCCUACCCCAUUAUAGUCUGGGCAUGCAAAUGUAAUUUUAGUCAAUCCAGUCGUGAAAAUGCGAUCCCAUCCAGCGGCCAACGCCAUUAGCCUCUUACAAGGAAGUGACUUCUUCUCCUGGGAUUUCUUUGAGCCAUCAGAAUUUCUUUUUGGCCAGAUCCAAUGCUAAGAGUCACAGCUUUUUUCUUUGGGUAGUACUGUUUAACUUGACGAUCUUUUGGGUCCUUGAAAACAGUCUUUUCCUUUCCGAACACCAAAAUCUUGUUAAUAUUAGAGGACGAAUUAUUCGUUGAGUUGUCUGCAAGCAGCUCUAUGACUGACGCUCUCUGUUUGCCGGGUACUGCCGUGGUGCCUUUUGCAUAUAGUAAUAUCAGUUAAUGUGUCAACGGGUCAUCAGCGCCGGGAAAGAAAAAAGGCAGAAAAUAGCAUUUCUGUUUCCAAACUUUGUUGCUUUCAUAACAUCAGCGAUCAGUAUUCAGUAUAAUUAAUAGAGUGUCACUUUACUGUUAACUUUUCAUUUCCCAGUUAACUACUAAUUUUGAAUUAUUUUUCUAUAAGAGCCACGUCCGUUAUUGCAGCCUACCAAGACACAAUGGAUUCCUUUGCUAAGAGUACUACCUAAUGGCAGAGGUCGUUCAGAAAAUAUUAAAUUAUAAACAAAACAUGCUCCUAGUUACAUUGCAAUAGACUAUUAUCUGUUGGUUAAUGUUGGUAGAAGAAGGCUUGACCUGCUUACAAACAUUGGCCCAGUCUGAUGUCGCUAAUCCCCAACUGAUUUUCAUAGUGAGAGUACACAUAAAAACAAAAUAUAAACAGUGUCAAAACAUGACAAAACAGUGUUUCGUCAAUGUAAAUUAUAUAUACAAUCCAAUAGAAAAGCAGCAGCAUUCAUGGUUAUCUCAGGUUAUUUAAGCAAAUUUCACAUCAUCUUCGUAUAAGGAAUAAAUGAAUUUUCUAUAAAAAUAAAGAUUCGUUAUUGAAUUAGUACAUUAGUAACAAGAUCUAAGGUUAAAGGACAGUGUUACCCCUGGAACAAGUAGUUACCCACAAGCAUCUGGGUGUAACAUUCUCAUCUGAUCUAUCUUGGAAACAUCAUGUCCUUGCAAUAGCUGCUAAAGCCAACAGGAUCUUGGGUCUACUUAAACGCACAUUUGGCAGGUGCUCUGAAGCAAUAAUAACUGGAUACAAAACAAUGGCUCGUCCUAUCAUCGAAUACGCAUGUCCCGUUUGGAAUCCACAUCAAGCCUACCUGUCAGACAAACUUGAAAGAAUCCAAAGAAAUGUCUCACGCUGGAUCCUUGGUGGACCUAUUGAUUAUACCGAACGUCUGCAAUACCUUGGUUGGAUGGAACUUAAGUCCCGUAGGGAAUAUCUAUCGAAAAUUCAAUUAUUUAAGUUUAUUAAUGGUUUCUCGAGAGUUAAGCUUGACAAUUAUUUAUCUUUCUCUCGUGCUAGCACUAGAUCAAGAAAUAGUAGGAAGAUUUGGAAACCUUUUUCAAGAACUAAUGUUUUAAAAUUCUCUUUCUGGCAUAGAUAUAUAGAUAAAUGGAACUCGUUACCAGAUUCUCUAAUAUGUGCCGAUUCAUUGUCAAAAUUUAAAAAGGGCUUAAGAGAACACUUUUUAACUAGUACGUAAUGAACAUAAAAUUGUUGCGAUUGCAUAUUUAAUUUGAUAAUUAGAUAAUUUUAAUAACUCCAUUAUUAAUAGAUAUAUUUUAGUGAUAUCUUUUACAUUUCCCCUUACAUUAUAAUAGUUUUUAUCUGACAUAUAUUUCCUUAAUAGCUUUGUAGAUAUUUUUAGGGGGUCAUCUUACAUGAGGAUUCAGUUCCUCCCUGAUGGCAGGCUUUUUGUAUUGAUUAGUACAAAUAAAGUUGUUAUAAAUAUAUAAAUAAAUAAAUAAAUAAAUACAUUAAUUCAUAUUCAAACCAAAUUUCCAAACAUUCAAACUAAAUUUUCAUAUACUCAAACUAAUCUAAACGCAAUAUUCAAUAUUCUGCUUCCAGAAAUAUAAAACACUCAAAGAAAGGUUAAACAGCAUCUACCUGAUUUAUUCGAUCGUGAACGUGACACAAAGUGUUACUCAGAGACACGAGGACAAGUUAAACUCCUCAAAGCCGAACCACUGCCUUAAGUGCAAGUCCAAAGAAUCGAGAAAGGCAGAAGGGCAGCCAUCACUCUAGCAAUCGUUCUAAUUACUUUAGUAAUACCUUAUUUACCAGCAAUAAUAAUUGCGUUAGUGACUGCUUCCUCAGACAGCAUUUUAGUAAAGCCGCGUUUUAUAGCCAUUACGUGGAGCUGGGUGGGAAUUCCAAUGAUGUUAGGUUUCCUGUGUAAUCCUAUAGUUUACUGUUCGCGUAUGAAGAAACUACGACACGCAUUUCUCGAAAUACUACAUCUAAGAAAACCUGAGAACACCGUGCCAGAAGCAGAAAUUACUGGAACUCAGUCCUUUCAACCUGGACCGACGUUUUGUAGAACAGACCAGGCUUUCCUGUCACGCGGAAACAGGCAACCAGUUUUGAUGUCAUUUCGUCAGCAGCCAGUCGAAUGCCUCCCUCGCAUCGAAAAAGCCAACGGGGAAUAGCCCUUAAUUCAAUGUCAUCAUGUUGUUCUCAUCCGUCAAUUAGCAGUGAGUACGGUGAACUAUAAAGAGCAGUGGCGGACCCAGGGGAGGGGCCCGGGCCUCCCCGUUAUUUUUAGACCAAACUGACUGCCGAGGGGCACAAAAAAAUUUUUUUGAGACCGCCCCCCCCCCCCACCUUUCUUACCUCAACAACAACAACAACAAUAAGCUUUAUUUGCAUGACUAUGACAAAGUAUUACAGUUUUAUUGCAAAAGCUACUUGAAUUUAAUUUUUGAUUCCUUUUUAAAUUAAAUAUUAAUCAUUGCUUAUUUUCAACCAUCAGUAGGAUUAAUUAUUCCGUAGAAUUCCGUAGAGUUUGUCUCUCAAUUCAAAGCAAGAUGAUAUAAAAGAAAUUAAAUGGAUGUUAAUAAAAUAGUCAGUAGAAUUCAUUAGAUAUGAUAAUAAGGUCUCAUGUGAUUGUAGUCGUAGAAUUCUAGUUUAGAGAAGAACAUCUGUCUUAUCGAAGAAAAACUUAGACAAUCUAAUAAAAAGUGAGUUUCAUCUUCAAUUCUGUUACAAUUGCAGAGACUGCAUAACCUUUAAGCUGGUGCUAUAUGGUUGUAUCUACCUGUCUCAAUCCUAAGUUUGUGACCGCUUAUUCUCAGUUUCACUAAUGUUUUCCUAGAAGGGUUCUUUCUUGUUAGAUCAGAGAGUAGGUAGGCAGGGGGGCUAUAAUUCGUUUUCAUUUUGUAACAAGUUAAAAGUUUUUGUGAAUGUUGAAGGGUAUGAUUGCAUUAAGACACAUAUUUCUUUUGCAUAUGAUCUACAUAUUGCUUAAUUUUACAUUCAUUCAGUAAAUGACAAUUAAAGCCUGGGAAAUUAUGGUAGUCAGUCAUCUUCUUGAGACUGGAGUAAAAACUAUUUUGACCAUUAUGAUGGAGGUCAACAGAUAUUUUUAAAGAUUGUUUAACUAUAGAAUUUUUAUCUUUUUCUUGGAGAUAGUUUAAGUAAUCGUAAGUUAAUCUUUUUAUUUAUAUCAAUGAUCAAAGGGAAUCUUCCAAACUCAGAUCUGCACUCAACAUUGGAUGACUUGUUAUGGACUUCUAAAUAUCGUUUACAAAAGUGUAAAUGAGUUUUUUCGAUUCCGGAGCUAUCCCAUGACCAGGGAUCGCACGCACCUUGAAAGUCCUUAAAUUUUAGAAUGAAAAUUAAAGGCCUUGAAAGUCCUUGAAUGUUAAUGCUAACUUUAUAGUUUAAGUAGAACUACAAAGAGAAAGGAGGAAACACAGAAAGGCCUUCGGGCUAAAAUUACUCAUGUUGUGGAAGAACUAAAAAAGACAUAGACUCAAGGCUCUUUUUGCACUGAAUGGAGUCCCUGAAAAUUGGGAAAUGUGCUUGAAAGUCCAUGAAAAGUCCUUGAAUUUUUUUUCCUAAAAAGGGUACGAACCCCGCAUGACUUAAAAUCUGAUUUCACUAUUGUAAGGUAAAAUCGGUGAAAUCAUGCCCAUUGUGUCAAAAAUUGUACUUGCAAGGGAAGGUUUCAAUUUACGAAAUUCAGUGUGGCGUCUUGACUAAAAAGAGGAUGAAAGGCUUUUUUGUGGAAGAUAUUCAAGUGAAAUGUAAAAUUUCCGGAUGAUGAGAUACGAAUCUCUAAGUAAGUAUAGUCUUGUAUAAUGUCUAUCCUUUCAUUGCCUAUGGGAAAAACAUUAAGAUUCAGUGUUGUUUGUUCUAAGUUACAAUAAUCUAUGACAUUAUCAUGACCAAAUAAGGACAUGGCACACACAACUUUAAAGGAAUUAUGACAUCGUCGAUUUACAAACCUGUCAGACCGUUAAACCACCUACAAAUAGCACGUGACGUUAUCUUCAUGAGAUUACCCCGCAUUUCAUCCAUGAGAUAUAAAAGACAAAAGGUUUCACUUAAGAAACGACCUAACCGGCGAUCCCUGUACUACUCAGAUCUCAGGAUAAUGGUGAACGUCCUUUUUUUCAAUUCUACCUUUUAUCAUAUUUAUAUAUAACUUUAUUGCAGUUAGCGGUGUACUGACACCUGCUGAAGUUCAAUUACAGUUUCUUUCUAGCUGUUUAUCGAUAAUGAUCGAGGAGGCACACGCACUAAUUGGAAAACAGGGCCCGCAUUUGACACCAAACGCCACUGUUUCACCUCAUUAGCAUUAAAUUCGGCAGUAAGAAGUUUGUCGUAUAUGAAACAGGCCUAAAUAUUUGGGAACAUUGUAGACCCUACAUGACCGAUUUCUUUGUCUCUCAGGUAACUUUAAAAGAAUUUCUAUUUUAUAUUAACUUCAGACGUUAUGUAUGUUAGUUUCAAUUUAAGCCCUUUAACUUAAUUGAUAGUGGUACGUCGUGGAUUUAGAGCCAAGCAAAUGCCACUUUCGCUCUUUUUUGGCACUGUCGUGCGAACAGCAUUUUAACAGUAUGUAUCGAAUUAGGUUUUACUGACUCGCUUUUCGAUCUCUUAUUCGUACUAACAUUGCUUAAUCAUGUCUGAGUCAGCUCACGUGGUCUUAACAACAAUCAACGUCAUCUAUAUUAUUGCAUGCAUUGUGGGAAACUGCCUCGUUUGGGCUACAGUGAUGAAACAGGUGCACCCAACAACUGCUUUUCCAAUUCUGUAAAAUAUCUGUUCGGAAUAGCAAAUAUUGCCUAGAAUUUUCUAUUACUUGAGGAAGGCUACAAGUUUCUAGAUGACCGCUACAUUUGUGUACAAUUUUCAAAACCUAUCUAACAUAUUUCCUACGAUUCUCUGAAGCUGAGUUCUUCACAUUUCACUCCCCAAGUAAUGCUGUUUUUCCUAGAAACAUAGGCACGUUUACCAACAUCCAGCAUGGGGAAUGCGAAGGUAGACAAAUCGUCUUGAAUAGUAUAGGAUGAUCUAACUGUGACGCGUAAAGACUUCUAGAUCUAAAGAAACAGUAUCUAAUUUUGACACGUAGAGAGCUUUGUAGCCAAAUGCUCUAUCGCCUUUAGAAAAGAGCCACGUUAACGUUUCUACCAACUACUGGGUGAUUCUUCAUAUAUCUGACAGACUGUCUUAAUAUCAUUUUGUCGCGCUAACUCAUGAUUAGACUCCUUACAGUCAGUAAUGAACUUCGGAUAUGCCUUUUUUUUCUUUUAAUUUUGUUGCCCAAACUCAUAACUAAGGUUUUAAGUUUUAUUAUAUCGUAAAUACUUUUGUUCUUUGGCCAUCGUGAUUGAUACGAAAUGACACGCAAACGAGAACAGAGAGGGAAAAAAUAGCUUUUAACUUAACGUUUCGUAUGCUUCAACACACAUCUUCAGAAGUAAUCUUUAAUGGAAUAUGUAAGAACAAAAUUUAAACGUAACAAAAAAGGGAACAACAAAAGUGACAGAUGGCGGGAAAAUUUCUAUGUAAAUUACCGUAAAUGACCUAAUAGAUGCCCACUUCCAAAUAAACGCCUCCUCUACGCUAGGCGCUGUUAAAACUGUAUUAGACGUCCCUCUCUAGAAAACGCCCCCUGUGUAAUAGACGCCCCCCUAAGAAAAUUACUCCAAAAUACUAGGAAUUAGCCAGCUGUUAGUUAAAAUCAUUCAAUCGCUGGAUCCCUAAAAUUAUAUAAUAGACGCUGCGAUCUACAUAAUUCUUCACAUCCUACUCAGCCUCAUUCAAUAAUUGCGUUGAUUAGGUCAUUUACGGUACAGACUCAAGCUAUUAUCUAAUAGAGAUAAGCUUUUCCUUUUUCAUUAGGGGUAAGUUUUAAAUUCCUAAUUAACAGUGUCUCUUUAUAUAUAAAUGUUGAAUUGGAUAUCUGACUGUCAUUAGCCAAAAUGUCAAAGCGGUUCCAUUUUGGGUUGUGACCAGUGUUGUUUUAGGUUUUGUGUGUGUGUGUGUAUCAAGUUACAUCAAGAGAGAAUGAGCUAGAUCAUUCUCUCUUGGUUACAUUCAUUGCAUUAACUGUAAUCAGCUCCAAAGUUCCUGCUGUAAUGGCAUGCAUAUGUUCCUGUUAUCAUGUUACGUUUAACCCAGGAUUAAGCAACAUUUUAAACAAGGUUUUCUUGUCUAACAACAUGCAACUCGAGUUUUCAAAAUACUGUUGAGCCUUUACUCCGAGAUACGGAAAUGAUAACACAAAAUGUUACUCUAAGCACAGGAAUAUUGUAAAUUACAAAAACAGAACCAAAUUUUAAUCCUGGAUUAUUGCUAAGGGGCCUUUUAUAACAAUUUAUAGGCUAGGUCUGCCUUGAUGCCGUACACGGAGCAAUAAAUUCUAAAUUGAUUUGUUUUCGAUUUCGUCUAGAUCACGUGAAUAGCAGCCAAACCCUUCAGUCAUGUCUGAUACAGCUGAUGUUGCCAUAACAACAUCAAAUGUCAUAUUAAUUAUCACCUGCAUCGUGGGAAACUUUUUCGUUUGUGUUGUAGUGAUGAAAAAUCGCGAAAUGAGGUAAGGCGCUUGUUAAUCUAAAUACUUCCUCAAAUUGAUAAUUUCACUGCUGGGCAUGCGCAAUGCUGUCCCCUUUCCUUUUAUUUGAUCUGUGUCGGGAUACCGUACGAUACGGAUAAAAACCUGAGCACCCCUUGAUCUUUAAGUAAAGGGGGGGGCGGCCUCGAAAAUGUUUUUUCUUGCCCCUACGGCCUAACUUUGGUCUAAGAACAAGGGUAGGGGGGGAGAGGCCCCUAGCCCCACCUCGUUUUUGCAUGGUAGAACAACUUCCAUUUCACUUUGCUCCGCAGAAGAUGCGGAAGAGUCUCCUACACGGCCGUUUUCACGGUCGUCACGCAAUGCUGGUGAGGAGCGUUGCGUGACGACACUAGAAACUGCUGUGUAGCUAUGACUAAUACAAGAACAGAACAGGUGAGUUUUUAUCUCUCAUUUAAUUUCCAUUUGCAGUUGACCAUUUAAAAGUGUGAGUUCCCUAUGCCCCAUCACAUUUUUCCUUAAGUCAAAUGCAGGUUGUUUACAUAAAAAGGUAUACAUGUUAAAGCGAGCUCUGGACUUUCAAAGUUUAUCGAAACUCGCUUAUUGAAUAUCAAUCGUGCUUGAUGAAUUAGCGGAGACACCGACAUUAGGAGAAGCAUAACACUCGAUCAGGCACAAAUUUAAUGAUACAGAUACAAACAAAAGCAAAAACUCUGGGCCCCUUUGGGGAACAACUGUAAGCUAGGAUGCUAACUCAGGAAACCUUGUACCGUAAUUUACUUGCCUUAUUACUCUAUUUCUAUCAAGUUUUUACAUAUAUUUGAAACUCCCGGUGAAGCUUUGUGUUCUCGAAGCGUCGCCGCUUAUUUGCCCUCUCGCCAAUGAGGCUAUGAGAUGAACUUGUGUGCGAAAUUCGUAAAGUUCCUGUUUUUCGUCGGACGGGUCUUCUUUACAAUCCUAAUCUGAAAUUUAGACCUUCAAAGAGGCCUUUCAGAGGAAGAAAUCCAUCUUUAAACACACUCUGCGAAGAUGGACAAAAAUUUUAUAAACUGGGCACAGGGAGCUCAGUUAAUAAUAUAUAAAGCUAUGGGUUGAACAUCAAGCCUUUUUUGCGAAUCUUCUGCCAUUUCUAAAAGACAGCGACAACGUUUGAGUGAUGUAGCUUUAGGCAGAUCUUCAGAAACUAUGAUCACACGCCUUUUCUUCCCGUAGUAGUCAGCCGUAUGUAAUUUGAGAACGGUUACCUACGAGUUGGCUCAAGGAUCCAUUUGAGGAUAUCACUAACUGAUUGGACACAUUAUCCCACAGGAUUCCCAUCAACUACCUGCUAACUGACUGGACACAUUAUCCCACAGGAUUCCCAUCAACUACCUGCUAACUGACUGGACACAUUAUCCCACAGGAUUCCCAUCAACUACCUGCUAACUGACUGGACACAUUAUCCCACAGGAUUCCCAUCAACUACCUGCUAACUGACUGGACACAUUAUCCCACAGGAUUCCCAUCAACUACCUGCUAACUGACUGAACACAUUAUCCCACAGGAUUCCCAUCAACUACCUGCUAACUGACUGAACACAUUAUCCCACAGGACUCCCAUCAACUAUCUACUGGUGAACCUGGCAACAGCAGACAUCUGCUACGCCACAUUCAUAAUCCCGACGAUUAUCUUGAGCCACAACGUUGGCCAUCCAGAGGGGAUUUUUGGAACAUUUCUGUGUGCAGUUAUAACCGGGGGAGGUUUCGGGGGAAGUUUCGCGUGGAUUGGAGGAUUUGCGUCAAUGUUUACACUGCUGGUCAUUGCGUUUGAACGAUACUUUGCCGUAGUACAUCCCCAUGGAAACAGAGGAAAGCUAACUUUACAGAGAUUGAAGGUUUGAUACUUUGAAAUACUAUGUGGCAUUAUCAGCAAAUUAUAUUCCUGUACGAACUUAGAUCAGUUUCCACGAUGACAGCUCUCUCUCCCGAAGAGGCUACCGUUAAGUAUUCCAGUAAAAAUAGAAAUAAUGGAAAAGUAGCAAGCGCGCAGGGGACGAUGGGAAGAGAGAAAACGAGGGAGGCCUUGCUUCCGCUUCCUUUCGUCCUUUCAUUUUCCCUAACCCCAGCCUCCCCUCCAUACGACACAAAGAGGACUCUGCGGAGGAGAGAGCGACGACAGAGUCGGCUUCUUGGUCUGUGAUUCACCUUUCUCAAUUCUUUUAUGUCUCCUUAGGUGAUUAUUCCUGGAAUCUGGAUCCUUGCACUAAUAGUUAACAUUCCAUUAUUUAUGAAGCGGAGCCGCUUUGUUGAAGAGGAUAGUUCCACCCCUUGCAUUUUUUUGUUGUCCAAAGAAAGCAUAAGAAAAUACCGCACGGUUUAUCUCUCAAUCAAUUGCCUCGUCAUGAUCCUGCUGGUCUUGAUCUACUCCAGAAUUGUGUACACAUUGUGGUUCAAGCAAAGUGGUAAUGCCGUACUCACAAAUCAGGUAGGACCCUUCGCUUUAUGCAAGGUAAUAUCAAGACAGUCUUGGAUUCUGGAUUCUGGAUUCCAGGUACUGAACUCCGGAUUCCAAUCAGUAGUGGGAUUCCGUAUUCCUUGAGCUGGAUUGACUCUAAAGCCCAAGUAAACAAAUUCCACAAGCAAAAAAAUUUCCUGGAUUUCAGAAUCUGUAUUCCCUUACAUGGGGCCAAAACCCUUAUCAGGACAAAUUAUUCGUCUGAGGACUACUCAUAAUAGUUUUAAUAGUUUUAUAUGGAGAAAGUUCCGCUCCGAGGUCCAACCCUUCACCCUCUGACAGAAAAAGGUACCCCUUUCGUAUACCCUCCAUUGAAAAAUAUAACCCCUCUAAAAUACCUAAUAAGAAUAAAUUACUGAAACUGGCCUAUUUUACUCAAUGGCGAGCUUGACUGGAUAGUUCUGAGACCCGAAAAAAAAUCUUAAGUGAGACGCGCCUGUUAACGUCUGGUGUUAAAAUAAAGAGUUUAAGUUGGCUGAAGGUCGGACGCCGAGCCGUUACGUCCUACGCGUACUCAGUUAUCAGCUCAAUUUUUGGAAAAUUGACGGGUACCGGUUUCUACCCAUAACCAAGUUAUCAAUGAAAUUCUUUGGAUCGCAGAUACAGUUUUUUCUUAACUAACGCGAGAGUUGAAAAUGGUUUGUUCUUAUGUUGGUGUUUGGGUUGGCCAAAUUGGCCUGGUAAGGGACGUUAGGUUCUGUCUGUUUAUCUACGUUUAGUGGAUUCGCAAAAAAAUAGAUAAACAAAUAAAUAUCAGCUGUGUGAUCAGUCAUCCUCGGACACCUAGGGGCAGUCAGUCGGCUCGGAAGAAAGGCACAACGAAAGUUUUUAAGAGUUAGCAGUUCAGACCUCUCAGUCAUAAUACAUACGUUAACAAGACCAAAAUGGUCAUUUAUUCUUAUGUAUUCUAAACGACACUGCUCAUAUCAAAGAUCAGCCUUAAAUCUUCAGUCUUCAGAUUACUUCUGAUUUAACCCUUAUGGGUAGCAACUCUUUUUUUUUCGGCACAAGUUACAUUACUAACUUUGUUUAUUCACUGUUUUCUCAACCAAUCGCGUGAGAUCUUCCGAGAGCUGCAAGGUCGCACAGCUAUAUUGUAAGCUUGGGUGACCUGUGGCUUAUCAAUCGUUUUGUACACAGGGUGUAUUGAGGUUGAGGAAGCGAGUGACCUUGAUGGUUGUAACCGUGAGCGCCAUUCUUGUAAUAUCUUGGGGAGCAGAUGCGAUACUCCAUCUGUUAGACGAACAUGCUGCUGACUCCGUGAAACUGAGUCCUUUAGCUAUUCCUAUCGCGCACACGAUGCUGUUGUUCAACUCAGCUAUCAAUCCAUUUGCGUACGCUCUGCUGAACCAAAGAUUCAGGAAAAAGAUGAGGCAGAUGAUACGAUCACGUUCCUUUGCAACAAGGAUUGGUGCUAUGUUCAUGAGACGGGGUGAAUCACAGGACAACGACACUGGUCACACCACUGGAAGCAUUCAAAUGACACAGCAAGACCAACUGCGUGAAAGGGCGGAGACAAUUUCGCGGGAAAAUGUAUUAUGACAGUAUCAGGCGAGUCCUGGUGCCUAUCAUUUCAUUAGAAAAUAAGUUUUAUUCAGUCACAAAUUUUAAAAACUCAUUUUCGUAUGAACGGUUUGUGCAACAGUCCGCCUCGCUUUGAUAAAGAGGCUUGGCAAUUCGAAAAUGGGUUAUUGACACCGCUGUUGUGGUCACCCUGCCUUAUUAAUUUAAAAAGAAAAUGUUUUCUUACGAAAAAAAUCAACUCUCAUAGGAUUGCCUUGGAACACCAACAUAAUAGGUAGCUUAUAGCAACGAAGACAGAGAUGGCAUUGGAGCGUCAAAGAAGCAAUAGAUUUUGUAAGCAAAACGGUACAUAUCUUUGACGUCAAUGCACAACUACGACGUGAAAUACCCGUAUACGACGAUUUAUGAAGGACGUAAACAAGUGACAACGAAGGUUCUUUUUCUCCUGAUUUUAAACUUGGUUACCACCCCACAUAAUUCACCUAAAUUUGAGAUUUGAUUUCCAGUGUAAAUACCAAAAAGUUGAUAAAACUCUGCCGUCUUUUUCUGUCGUCGAUACAAAAGCUUCCUAUUGAUCUGGCCGACGUGACGUCACGCUGACGUCACGCCCGGUAAGCGCUUUGUAUGAAAUCCAUACAAACUUUAUAAGAAACUGUGAUGCUAUAUAGGUAAGGAGGGAAGAGGGGUGGGAAAGGAAAAAGCAAAAAGAACUGUUUUAUCAAUUGCUUUACGACCUUAAUAAGACUAGAGCGUCAGCCCUUGUUUGUAAAUAGCCCUAUCUAAGGACAAUGGGGUCAAACAAGCUUUUAGAAACUGUCACUAUAACGAUGGGAUUGCAUCAUACUGUAAAUUCGUUUUCUCCUUUGUAUACUCUCUCAUAUAAUUUAAUACUAUAAUGAUAUAACAUAACACUCUUAUAUACAAUUGUCUGAUCGUACCACACAUGAAAAUUAACUUUUGAAGUACAUCAAGUGACAACACGACACCAAAAGAACCCAAACAGAGCAGGUUUGUAGCCGUAUUUGUAGCUAUAUUUUGGCUGAUCAAGUCUCUUUAGAUCCCACGUUCUUCGACAUAUUCGUCUGGGGUUCUUUGCAGUUCGUGUCUAUGUAGACCUAUGUAUUUGUACAUAACAGAAUUCUCUUUAGGUGUCCAGCCAAGAUAAGAACAAGCUAUCUGCGGGCCCAUGCACUUCAGUGAAAAAGAAGAAUCAAGAGAAAUAAAGAUUUGUGUUGUUGUUCCUUUUAUUGUACCGUUGUCGUUUCGAGCCAAAAUUGCCCUCAAAUUACUGCGCUUUUCACAAACUUGUGAAUUCUGAAGUUCAAAAGCCAACUGACGAUUGCGUUUUUGGCUGCCGUCAAUCAUCUUAACGGACCUCUUAGGAAACAAAACUUUACUUUAACGGGUUCAAAACGUCAUGGUUUGUGAUUUGUGAUUUGUGGAUUUCGAUCCGUUUUGUGUGUUUCUGUGUUUCAGGGUUCGUUGCUUGUGAUCGUAAUUAUGAUUGACGGCAGCGAAAAACGCAAUUGCGAAGGCGGCUUUUGAAGUUUAGAGUUCGCAUGUUUGUGAAAAGCGCAGUAAAAAAAAAUACCGUCUUCGUCUGCUAAUUUACAUUAAGUAUAAAUUUUGCCGUCUGUGCCAUAAGCAAAAAAAGCGAGCUCACAGAAC